CAAACAGUAUGCUCUUUCCAGAAUUUUUUCGAAUUUACAUUAAAAAAAAAGAAAAAAAAGGCUUUUCAUUGGGUUUCUGUAAGCAGUUUCAUGGGAAAAUAAUAUUUUUAUAAAAAGAAUUCAAUAAAUGUACAAACAUUACAAGCGCAUUUGAGGAGAUAGAGAGAUAAACGGCAGUAGUAGAAGAAGACAAUUCAAAGUGCAACAUUUUACAGCAUCAAUCAACUAGCUCAUGAAGUUGACUCUCAAGGUUACAGAGAGCUUAGUCUGUUAGCAUUGGACAGCACCGUUUCAUACUAGAUAGCGAUUUCCAAAGGCUUUGAAAUAGGCAAUUUUGGUUAAGAGAGGUUGAGAAAUAAGGUUUGCACAAUGCUGGAUAUCUUGCACAGAAGCGACUUGCUCGAGGUUUGAAGCUUAAUUAUACUGAAGCUGCAGCACUCAUAGCCUCACAGGUUGUUCAUUCAUGAUUUUGGAGCGACAGAUCUGUGGCAGAAUUGAUGGACUUAGGGAAACAACUCGUUGGAAGGUUGAAGGGAUCUUCCCUGAUGGGACUAAGUUAAUCACCAUCGACGAUGCAAUUGCUAGUGAAUAUGGAAAUCUGGCGCCAGUAUUACACGGUUCUUUCCUUCCUGUUCCUCCACUUGACAAGUUUCCAUGGGCUGAAGAUAAUAUUAAUACUGGUGAUAUGAUAUAUGGGAGGAAAGAUUCUAUUGCUAUUAAUUCUGAAAGGAAAGCAAUAAUCCUCAGAGUUGUCAACACUGGAGAUAGGCCGCUACAGGUCCUUGUCAUUAACUUUUCUCUCCUUGUUCUUUUUUCCUUUUUUUCGUAAUCCAGUUGUUUUCUUACUGCUGCAACUUAGUAAUUUCUUUUUAUUCUUUAUUAAAACUUUAAAACACCGAACCCUAUGAUACAGAUCAAUGACAACAGUUGGAAUUUGUUUUGGUAAUUGAGACUGACAGAGGCAGUCAUGUAGAUUAUUCUCAUCUUCUUCGUAAUGGUGAAUCCAUCCAUACACAUUCAACCUAAUUAUUUCCAUAAGAUGCAGAAUAUUCAUUGCUAACUUUAACGUUGGAUAUUUAGUAAAAUAAAAAAACUUGAAAUUACAUGGUCAAUAAUACUUUCUACGAUAAAUAAAUGAAUAAAUAUAUAUAUAUAUAUAUAUAUAUAUAUAUACAUUAUAUAUACAUAUAUAUUCUCACCUUAAACAUAUAAAGAGAGGCUUUCAAUUUUAUGUAUUUGGUGUGUUAGUGUGCAGAAAACACUGACAUAUCUAAUCUAUCUAAUAAAUUGAACCUAUGACAUCUCAUUUGCUAUUUUCCAAAAGAAUUUUUGUGAAAAUAUAAUUUUGUAGCAUUAUUUUCAGUUUGGUAGUCACUAUCACUUUAUGGAUGUCAAUCACUUCUUGGUUUUUGAUCGAUGGAAAGCAUGUGGCAUGCGCCUCAACAUAGCAGCUGGAACAGCCAUACGAUGUGAGGCCUUUGAACAAUCAUUGGGUGAACAAUCAUUGGGAUAUAUAAUAUUGUCCUCUUGGAAUAAGAGCCAAUUCUUCACCAAAAUAGUGAUGCGCUGACAUGUUUAACAAGUUUGUUAAUCUUCUCUAGGUCCAAGUACUUCAAUAUAACAUAGUUUUUGCUUUACCAGCCUGGGGAUUGUAAAAAAAAUCACACUUGUAAAGAUUGGAGGUAAGAGAGUGAUCAGAGGAGGAAAUGGCAUUGGAGAUCGAUGGUCCAAUGAUGCCAAAUUCAGAGAAGUCAUGGAAGCCGUAGAAUCAAGAGGCUGUGGUCAUAAAGAAAAUGCGAGGUGUAUAACAUUCUACCCUGACAAUCUCUUUUAUUUCUUUCCUGUUACAUUUCCUUUGCGUGAUUGGGUAGGCAUCUUAUACCAUGAUGAUUAAGCAUGCUUGAAGAUGUCUAACCUCAGAACUGAUUUCGCAGUGAAGGUGUCACCGGAAAAGAUUCAGCUUUCCCCACAAGAAUUUCACGUGAGAAGCAUUCUGCAAUGUUAUGAUCACUGGGGUAAAAUCUUAUCUCACAAUGCAGCAGCUGUAGGAUGUAUAAUUGCCAGCCAUGUCAAUGGCAUAUAAAUGCCUAACCCUUUUUUACUAUUAGGUCAACACUGAGGUAAUUGCAGGGGAAGGACAGAUCAUAACUGCAGGUGCUAUAGACUGUCAUGCACACUUCAUCUGCCCUCAGAUGGUAUCUGAAGCAAUAUCAAGUGGUGAGCUGCAUAACUGCAAAUACUUUCUGCUGUAAAGGUCCUUAUGACAUAUAUACAGAUAUUUAUCCAUGUACACAAAGAAUAAAGAGAAAAUGGAUUAGUUCAGAAUACAGAAAUAUUGACUGGUGGUUAAAUAUUUUAAUUUAAGUGAUAGUAUGUCAAAAAAAUUAGAGGCAAAAAUUGGGAAGAUGCUCUCUGUUUAUGAUGCUAAUUCCAACUUCUUAAAUCAGAAAAUGUCUGUAAAUAAACUGGGUCAUUUCUUU